CAAACCCCUCUGCUUAUGUGGAGCCUAGCUCAAUAGCCUCUUAGCUCUAUCUGAGGAGAACGGUGGAAGAGUUUGUUUCCUCUCCCUCUGAAGCCUUCUAAUCCUGCUCCGUUGUCUCUGUGUUUGCUAGCGGGCUGCUCCCUCUGCCUUUAUGGUUGUCAAUAUAGUUUCUCUCUCCCACUUCUGUGUCUCUCUUUCCGGCUGCCGCUAGAGAACCAGGAAGUAAAGAGAGAAAGGGGGGAGAAAAAUAAAUACCCAGCAACUGAGGAAAACAAGGAAGUGAAUGCAGCCAAAGCUUCAGCUGUGAAGUGAAAGUAGACCAGGGCAGUUUGCAUAAGUGCUAGCUAGCUAACGUCAACACUGGCUGUGCUCUCCCCAGCAGAGUUUAACGAAGAGCGACAGAAAGAGAACGAGACUGCAGCGCCUUCCUCACAAAAAUACCAGCAGUGAGUACCCAUUUGAACUGCGCUGCCCACUGGGUGUCCUGCUCAUCGCCCCUUAUUGACCCUACUCAUACCCACCACAAUGACAGACCAAGGGAAACCCUGGAGAGGAAGUGGAGGACCUGAGGAGGAGGAGUUACCACAGAUGGACGGGUCAUGUGACGCUUGUGAGCCUGAUGAGGCCCAGCAGGCAACCCAGGUGUGUUACACCUGCAGCUUUGCCUUCUGCUCUACCCACGCUGAGAAACAUGUCCACAGCACACGACACCUACUGACGCCCUACGACCAGGAAGUGGCGCAGCCCCAGGCCCGGUCCCAACAGCCGGCCAGGGACAGAGACCCAGGGGAGGGGGAGGAAAGGGUUCGAGAGAUUGGGAGUAGGGCAGAGCAAGAGGUGGUGGAAAAUGGGGCAUGCGGUGGGGCUGGGGUACAAGAGAACGAGGCGUGUGGAGGAGAGAGAAUCCAAGGGGAGGGGAAAGUUGAUGAUGAAGAUGAUGGUGAUGAAGAGGCGGUGGCAGCCCCAGAGGGGGGCAUUAAGAGGGAGACGGUGACAGUGGAGAGGCUGCGCUGUAAUGAGCAUGGCCAGGAGGGUACUCUUUACUGCAAGACUGACGAGAAGGUCAUCUGUGUGGUGUGUGCCGUGCAGGGGGAGCACCGCGAGCAUGAGAUCAUCACCUUGCGCGAGGCCUACAUCUGGCAAAAGAGCAGGGAGGGUUAUGACCUGCUGGGCUGCACACAGAACAUGGCUGACCAUAUCAAGACCAAGUGGACCAACCCUGAGAUGUCUACAGAGCAGUUGGAGGCGUAUGUCAACAGUCAGUUUGAUGAGCUCCACCGGCUAGUUCGUCUGGAGGAGAAGAGGACCCUCCACCUAGUGGACCUGAAGGAAGCCUUCCUGACCGCCGCCGCCGCCGAGAAGAUUGCUGAGAUCACCGUCCACACCGAGCGGCUCCAGGAGGAGAUGGCCUGUAUCACGCAGCAGCUGGGCCAGCUGGACCAGGCCGAGGCACAGCCUGGAGCCGGAGUAGCCGCCCUAGCACAGGGAGGACCAUGCCCCAGACCAGCGCAGCGCGACAUUGAGGCCAGACCAAGGUAAGACUGAUUCAUAACACCCUCUUUUAUAGCAUCUGGCAGAACUGGGAGAAAAAUACCCUUUUAAAUCCCCACACUCAGGUGGUUUUACAGUGGGCUUACAGGGAGAGGGGAUCAGUAUGCGACACACAUCCAUGCUCACACUCACACGUAUAGUAAACUCACACAUGCACU